AUGACACUAGCCUGGACUACGGACGAAAAAGGCCACACAGGUCAUGAUGCCACCACCACCGUCAUCAUCAAUGUGAACAUCGACAUCAAUGUCGGAAGGAAAUGCCCAAUCUUCCAUCUCCACACAUCCCAUUCAGAAAGAGUUCUGCGACGGGAUCUCACCAGCUUUGCUGACGCUUGUUGGUAUUACCAGGAACCUCCCGUCGAUACCACCAGGCAAAUUUACAAAAUAUGCCAACACGAACUCAGUUUACCCCCAACGGUGCAAACAGCAAUCAUCCGAGAAGCAUGCACCGGGAAUUUCCGCAUUACAUAUUCAGGUGAGGUUCUUGAGCGGACAACACAUGGAAUGGAGGUUGAAUACAACCCAAACGGACAACCCUCCCCCAAACCAACCUCCUUAGAUAGCUAG